AUGAACACCGUCGAAGCCAUGUACCAAGCAGGCUUUGCAUGGCCAAUCAAGGACAUAAAUGAGAUGGAGCUCAGUCCAAUUCGUCGUACUGCACUGACGGCACAUGUCACGAAACCUCUGAAUUUGCCACUUCGUCAACGAUCUUUGGGUGCCGAGCUCAAUAUGGCUCGGUAUCGCUCGGACUCUGCAGUAACGGAGCCACGUCUCAGUGUUUGCAGCACGUCUGGAACUGUUUACGAGAGCGUCGUAGUGGUCGGUCACACAUAUGGCUCCUCCGAUAAGGUCGUCUACUAUCUUCUCGAGGUGCGAUCGUGGGAAAAACCCCUCGAGGGAUACGUGGUGCGACGUCGGUACAACGACUUUCGCAAGUUUCAUCACGAGCUGACCCCCUUUAUGCCCUCAAAACGACCUCGUAGCAGCACAACAAUCGGCUUCGGUCUUCCGUACUCGUCACUACUGUGCAAUCCAUUGACGACAGAGAGUCCAGAGGCCUCGCCACUCUGGUCGCCAACGCGGAUAGAUGACGGACGGGUAGUGAAUGGCACGGACCAGAGGAGGGCAUCUUUGAUCAGUAAGGACAGCAGCAAUUCACCACAGCAGCUAGUGGAGGAGAAUAAAGUGCGGUCUAGUGCUCCUGCUGUGUUGACUGAAGAAUUCAGACCGAAUGGAGGCGUUGCCAGCUACAAUAACAAUGCAAUGUUACCGCUAAAUGCUGUCAAAUGCAAUUUGGCUGGACGCCCGUGGCUACCUUCAAUGCCUAGUGGCGGCAUGCUCACCAUGUUGACUACACGCCGUGCACUUAUUAAUUACCGUAUCGAGCAGUUCAAUCACAUUUUGGCGGCUGUUAUGAGCGACAAGUCUAGCGAUGUGGGCAGUCUCCUCAUGAACUUUAUUCAGGAGAAACCAGGCACGCAGGCACAAACGUACACCAACUUGUCUGAAUACGCGCCCAUUGACAUUCCAUUCAAUAUUGAGCGGCAUGCACGACGGCGAGCCAUGUCGUCUAUUGGCAAACGUCCAUUGCGGGAUCAAAGUCUCCUCUCUCGUAGCUUAACUGACAAUGAGUAA